CUAGCACUAAUUAUUGAGUAGUAUUUAGCUUUCCAAAGUACAGGCUUUAUUCCUCUCCUUCUCCUUCCUCCUCCGUCUGCGUAGUGUAAAGCAUUGCUUGUUAGAGGAAGCGAGGAACCCUUCAAUUGAGAAAGAGUAUCGGUGCAGACAACGUCACAAGUGAAAGAGUUUUGGAGUUUGACCUAGGGUUUGCUCUGUGUUUCCCUUAAUUUUCUUUGAUAAGGGAUAGGAUCAUAAACUCUUUGUUUGUUAAUUGUUAACGGGGAAGAGAUGGGGAACGUGUUUGUGAAGAAGCCAAAGAUCACAGAUGUGGAUCGGGCAAUUCUCUCUCUCAAGACCCAGCGGCGGAAGCUUGCACAGUAUCAACAAAAGCUUGAAGAAGUUAUUGAAGCAGAAAAGCAAGCUGCUAAAGAUUUGAUUCGUCAAAAGAGAAAAGAUAGGGCAUUACUGGCAUUGAAGAAGAAGAAAACGCAAGAAGAAUUGUUGAAGCAAGUAGAUACUUGGCUUAUUAAUGUUGAGCAACAAUUGGCAGAUAUUGAACUGGCCAGCAAGCAGAAAGCUGUGUUUGAGAGUUUAAAAGCUGGUAGUGAUGUAGUCAAGGCAAUACAAAGUGAGAUCAACUUAGAUGAUGUCCAGAAGCUAAUGGAUGAUAGUGCUGAAGCUAAAGCUUAUCAAGAUGAAAUAAAUGCCAUCUUGGGGGAGAAAUUAUCAGCAGAAGAUGAAGAAGAGAUCUUAGCUGAAUUCGAGAACUUGGAAACUCAGAUCACUGUUGAAGACAUGCCAUCUGUGCCAUCGAAGGAAACUGAGGAAGACCUGGGUCUUCCUGAUGUACCAACCAAACCACCAGUUGUUGCUGCAGUUAAAAAUGAUGCUAAUAUUGCUUCAGCUGAAGCUUCCCGAAAGAGUAAAGUUAUGGAGGAACCAUUGCCUGCUUGAUUGUGGAUUACACUUUAAUCAAUGCUGAAAUUACAUUGAGCUGCUGGUCAUUCUUCAUUUGCUAUCUUACUCCAGGUGGUGUUGUGUAUACGUAUUCUUACCAAUUCUUCAAUGUAAUGGAAUUUUGCAAUUGUGUGCAUGCUAUUUUUUUUUAGAUUUUGAAUCACAAUUAUACUUUUGACUGUUUAUAUCAGUAAAAUUGUCAUAUGUUGCCUAUUUAUAUAUCAGUAAAUUAGAAAUCCAAAGCAAUGGAACUUUUUCUCUCA